AUGCCUAGACCUUGCAAGCGUAGGCGAUGUAUGGUUGAGGGAGAGCCCGAGGCCCAAAGUGAAACACAGGAUCUAAUGAGUGCUCCUGUUUCAAUAGGGGAAGUAGAUUCCUCAUCCUCUUCUACUUGCUCCUCCUCUUUCCCCUCUUCUUUUUCUUCUUCCUCUUCUUACAGUGGUUCAACAGCAAGCGCCUCAGAGGAGGCAUUUGUUGACUCCAGGACAUCAGGUCCUUCUCAUAGUCCUCCAGGAGCUGACUCCUCUUGUACUGCCAUGAUCUCCUCUCCAUGUAGCCAGUUCAGUGCAGACUCGGAAACUGAGGAGAGUCCGGAUUCCUCAGAGGUCCUGCCAUGUGCUUGUUCAUUGUCUAAAGGUGAAAUAGAUGCAAAAGUAGAUGAGCUGGUGAAAUAUCUGCUCUUUAAGUAUCUAAUGAAAGAGCCAGUCACCAAGGCAGAAAUACUGAAUAAAAUCAUUAGAAAUUAUCAGGACCACUUCCCUGUGAUAUUUAGAGAAGCCUUAGAGUGCAUGCAGUUAAUCUUCGGCAUUGAGGUGAAGAAAGUAGAGCCUGAUGGCCACACUUACAUUCUUGUCAUAGCCCUAGAGCUCACCUAUGAUGGGAUGAUGACUGAUGUCCAGGGCAUACCCAAGACAGGCCUCCUGAUAAUGGUAUUGAGCAUAAUAUUUAUGAAAGGCAACUGUAUCAGUGAGGACAUGAUAUGGGCUAUGUUGAGUAACAUAGGCGUGUAUGUUGGGAAUGAUCACUUCAUAUAUGGUGAGCCCAGGAAGCUCAUCACUGAUGAUUUUGUACAAGAAGGGUACCUGGAGUACAGGCAAGUGUCUGGCAGCUCUCCUCCUUCCUAUGAGUUCCUCUGGGGCCCAAGAGCCUAUGCUGAAACAACCAAGAUGAAAAUCUUGAUGUUUUUGGCCAGCAUCAGUGGGAGUGAUCCCAGAUCAUAUUCAGUGUCAUAUGCCGAAGCUUUAAGAGAGGAGGAAGAGCGGGCCUAG